AUAUUCUUCAAACACAGGAAGUGUAGUAGAGGUCGCUGUAUUGCAAGGAUUGAAAUGAUUGAAAUCCAUACAUUGCACACAUGGGGACUGUAGUCGGCUAAGCUGUGCUCUUUACAGGGAAACCACCAAUAUCACACUCUUGCCGUAUGAGAUGAAUUCGAAGAGGUCAGCGGGAGACUAAUAAUUUUACAGUAUUAGAAAGCAACAGCAUCUGUCGGCAGCUUGGCUGCGGGUCUGCAGCCUCUGACAGAUACAGAUCUUAACAACUAUAUAGUCUGAUUCCACCGAACGAGUGCAGAUAUCAGCAACAUGCCCCUGUCAGACUUACUGGGCAGCCUGAAUGACAACCCAUACUUUGGGGCAGGCUUUGGACUGGUUGGGGUUGGGACUGCGUUGGCAAUGGCCAGGAAAGGUGCGCAGGUGGGGAUGAUCUUCUUCCGUAGGCGCUACAUGAUCACUCUGGAGGUCCCCAGCAGGGACAAGAGCUACCACUGGCUGCUGAGCUGGAUCACUAAGCACGCCAAGCACACACAGCACCUGAGCGUGGAAACUUCCUACCUGGCACAUGAAAGUGGACGGGUGCACACGCAGUUUGAUUUCCACCCAAGCCCCGGGAACCACAUCAUCUGGUAUGGGAGGAGGUGGAUCAGGGUGGAGAGGACCAGAGAGAAGCAGAUGAUGAAUCUGCAUACUGGAACACCAUGGGAGUCUGUCACUUUCACUGCUUUAGGGAGAGACAGACAAAUCUUCUUUAAUAUCUUACAAGAAGCGAGAGAAUUGGCCCUAAAGCAGGAGGAGGGACGGACAGUGAUGUACACAGCCAUGGGUGCUGAGUGGAGGCCCUUUGGAUUUCCACGGCGCCGCAGACCCCUCAGCUCCGUGGUCCUGCAGUCUGGUGUGGGUGAAAGGAUUGUGGACGAUGUAAAGGACUUCAUUGGAAAUCCUAAGUGGUACACGAACAGAGGCAUCCCAUACAGAAGAGGAUAUCUGCUGUAUGGACCCCCAGGAUGUGGAAAAAGUAGCUUUAUUACGGCACUGGCAGGUGAGCUAGGCUACAGCAUCUGUCUGAUGAGCCUGAGUGACCGAAGCCUGUCUGAUGACCGUCUGAACCACCUCCUGAGUGUUGCACCGCAGCAAAGCAUCAUACUGUUGGAGGAUAUAGAUGCAGCCUUUGUCAGUCGAGAGCUGCUUCCUACAGAGAACCCUCUGGCCUACCAGGGAAUGGGAAGACUGACUUUCAGUGGUCUGCUUAACUCUCUGGACGGAGUGGCUUCAUCUGAGGCCAGAAUAGUUUUUAUGACCACCAACUUCAUUGACAGCUGAUCGGAUCCUCAAUGCGUCUUGGGUGUGUUCACACCUGAACUCAGAGCUGUCUACUUGUGAUCGGAUCGCUAAGGACAGAUUUUAAUACCAGGUAUGAACAGGACCUUUGUUAGACACCAGCUCGUAGUGGAGUAUUUAGCAAACAAAUGGCCAGAUCCACGAGGGUGUUGAAUCAGGAGCAACUGGACUUGGUUGUAGUUUCAAGAAACAUCAACCUGGAUGAAUGACAAUGUCCACAGACAAAGAGAGUUCUCAGGAGUUGGUGGAGACUGAGAUAUAGUUAAAAGAAGAGUAAAUGUUGGACUUCACAUGAAUGAUAAUGUUGCUACAUGUCUGCUGGAUGUCCAGAUUAGUGAAGGUUUCCCAAUACAUUUGCCACAAACACUUCAUAUUGCAAUGUUGUGUUUAUCUAUUUUUAGUGUUGCACUGCCCCAAGUGGCCAAAAAUGGAGUAAUGUAGCUUUAAAAUAUUUACAUUUUUUUAAGUUUAAAAAACAACAAAAACAUUAAUAUAGUUAUUGCAUGUAACUGUUUUAUCCAC